AACGUGGAAUAUAACUUCCUACUGGUCCACGUGUCAUCCGUAAAGAAAUCAUGUGGUCGUCAACCGUCUUUCAUUUGCCUUUUUCCUCAAUUUUUUCGGUGUGUGCGUCAUCAAUUGUCAUCCCCCACAGAUUCCUGCUUCUCCUUCCAUCCCCACAGAUUCUUGAUUCUUUCCCCAAUUUCUACAUCGCCUGAAAAAUCAAUGGCGGAAGCCCCCCCUGCUCUCUGCUUCUCCACCGUGUCUGCCUCGAUUAACUUCUCCAAGGAGCCCAUUUCGUCUCCCUCAACGUCGUUUCCUCCCCGGAGAUUCUCUUCCCAAUUCCAGCGUCCGUCGUCACGUUCCCUCAGGUUCUCCAUCGUCAGAUCUUCCGGCUCGGAUCAUUUGUUCCGCGGCGGUGACGAUGGUUUUGGGUCAUACCCCUGGGAAUAUCAGGAUGGCUUUGGAUCCUCGAUAGAGUGGGUUCCGGAGGAUAAGGUGACCUUUUUGACUUCUGACGGCCUGAUUCAAUUUGGCGGGAAGCUUGUCCCGCGCCGUGUCUCGCCUGCUGAUAAGAAAAAAGGAAAGGUGAAAAGGUCACAGAAAGCUCAAAGGUUUCAGGAGAGUAACUAUGUAAAUCCAAACCAAAUACUAUGCGUGGCUGCACUUUUUGACAUUGCAGCAACAAAUGGACUCGACAUGGGAAGACGCCUUUGUAUCUUUGGCUUUUGUCGCUCCAUUGAGAGGCUUUGUGAUGUAGUCGAAGACUCUGUCCUGGAACAUGGUGGAGAGGUAAUGGUUGCGGAAAAAGACUGCCAAGGUGGUCUGCGUGAAAAGCUAACUAUGACUGUUGCCGUCCCAUUUCUAUGGGGAGUCCCUCCGGCCUCUGAGACCCUUCACCUUGCUGUCAAGAGUGGAGGUGGGAUUGUGGAAAAAGUCUCUUGGAAAUGGAACUUCAUGUAAGUAAUCAACACAGUUCUAACCAUUCCUAGUACAUAUCAUGUAUAAAUCUGCUUUAGUGUAUAAAAUGUUGGAAAUUUGAUCAUUUGUAUGUAUCUGAUUGUUAAUAUUGAUGAAUCCAACAUGUAAUAACUUCCUGCGCUGAUCUUGAAACCUGAAAAACUGAUUCUUCUCACACAGUUCA